AUGGCCGACACCCGUAAAGUCUUCUUCUUCGAUAUAGAUAAUUGCUUGUACUCUAAGAGCAAGAAAGUGCAUGAACUAAUGGGUGUAUUGAUUGACAAAUACUUCCAAAACCAUCUGUCGUUGUCGCAAGAAGAUGCCAACGAAUUGCAUAUGCGGUACUACAAAGACUAUGGGCUUGCCAUCGAGGGUCUUGUACGCCACCACAAGGUCGACGCACUCGAGUACAACGAAAAGGUCGACGAUGCGCUGCCCCUCGAAGACAUCAUGUCAUAUGAUCCAAAGUUGCGCAAGCUGCUCAAGGAUCUAGACACGUCAAAAGUCAAGCCCUGGCUCUUCACCAACGCAUACAUCAACCAUGGUCGGCGAGUAGUCAAAUUGUUGGGUGUCGAAGACUUGUUCGAGGGCAUCACCUACUGCGAUUACUCGGCGGCCAGAUUCCUCUGCAAACCAUCGCCGGACAUGUUCAAAAAAGCCAUGGCUGAGGCUGGUGUAACAUCUCCUGAAGAUUGUUAUUUCGUUGUUACAGACGACUCUGCUAUCAAUGCAGCCGGUGCGACCAAGAUGGGUUGGACUGCCGCCCAUUUGGUAGAACCGGGUGUGACUGCACCCUCGGCGCAGGUCUCUCAGUACCAGGUUAGCAAUCUUGAGGAACUCAGGAGCAUCUUCCCUCAGUUCUUCAAGUCGACUUCAUAA